AUGCCGGAGAAAAAAACAAAGGAUCCCUUGCCACCGGGCGUGCCAAGCAAUUGGAGCGCAUGGCGUCUCAGUGCUUCUGAACAGGCUCAAGUGGAAAAGGAGGUUGCCGAGUUCAGGGACACGAUUCCCGGAGAGACCGACGAGGACACCAAAAACAAGGACAUCAAUGACUUUCGCACCGAAGCCAUGAAGAAAGCCAAGCAGCAAAAAGCCAAGGCUUCCAAAGAGUUGAAGGACCAGGCCAAUGCCAAGAGUGGUGCGACUGCAGAGGCUGAACAAACCCCUGCGGCCAAGAAGGCAGCAACGCCAGCUUCAUCCACGACAGCCCGCAAAAGUUCCAAAGGCAGCAAACUGGCAGCAGGUGCUCUUUCGGCAGUUGACGAAGUGAACCGAAGUUACUACGAAAUGGUUCAACAUGAUCAGGACACCAUCCUGCAGCACUUCGGGGCAUCCUACGCAACCGAAGCAGCAUUGGCAAUUGCUGCCAAAAAUUCACUGGAAGGAGGAAUUCAGGAACCCUACAGCCGAGCUCAAUGCGAAAAGGCUCUCAGCAAUCACGGCACUUAUGUUGCUGGCAUUAAUGUCUUCUGGAUCAACCACCUCCGCAGCCCAAGUCCUGGCGUGCCGCUCAAGCGGCACAGCGUCAAGGCUUUGGCGGAUUUUUUGUGGCCCCAGGAAAGCACUGAGCCUCCCGCCUUCCUUCUCAAGAUCGUAGAAUGCGGUGCGCCCGUGGGCGUGGUGCCAGAAAUCCCAUCAGGGCUUCACAUGCUGUCGCCAGAGGGAUAUGUGCACGCUUUGUUGGCUGCAUGUGCACGAGAUCUCCCUCGCAACAAGGAGCAGUGGAUGGUCGUCUUGAAGUCAGUGCCAGCUGCGUUCACGGUUGGACCUGACGGAGCGACAGGAGGGGACACAUGGAUCCGGGCCUGGAAUGUAAGAAAUGAAAUCAGUCAGGCCUAUGAAUCUUUGUCCCGCACGGCCUGGCAGAUGUGCCUGGAGAUCCAAGGCGUGAAGCGCAAGCUGGAGGCCGACCUGUCCUCAACCUUGCAACCGGCAGAGUUGGUGAAAGAACUUCACAAACGAGGUUUAAAAAGAGCCAGCAACCAGGACGAGCUCAGCGGCAACCUGAUUAACUGGGCUAUUCUCAUCGCCGAAAGGGUCAGUGGCGAUGACAUGCUUGGGCCGCUGGAUACCUUGGAGGAAAAGUACGGGAGCAAGAGUUGCUUCAACAAGAUGGCUGUGCUGCACGCUUUGGUUUCAAAGCCACGCACUUGCUAUCGGGUCUGGUGCUGGCAGACUCUGUUCCACAUGCUGGAAACAGGCCAAGUGGCGAAUGAAGAUGUCACGAAGAGAUUCCUCCUUGGAGAUUCCCACUCCCCGGGCAACAUAGGGGUAUGGGAGCUGAAGGCUAUGGUCCUUGAGCAUUUGCUCACUUACUUGCUGGCCAAAGCGAAGCUUGUCGAAAAGGAUUUGGUCGUCCUGAGAUCGGCCUUUUCCAGCCAUUCCAGCUACAGAAAGCACAUGCUGGGCGGAGAGGUGGGGUGGCAGGGUCAGCUCAGCCCUUCGUCCCUGGAGGCUUUGAACUUCGUGGAGUCAAAGAGGAAUGGGAGAGAAAACGAGUUGGUCAAUGAGAAGGCCGCCGCUUCCGCCGGUGACGGUGGGUCCCUCACGGCGGAAGAAGAAACGCCUUUGAGCACAAUGCGGAGGCCACCCACGGACUUCAAAGAGCACAGCAUGCAGUAUUGGAAGGCAGUGGCGAAUACCAGUGUCCGCAGGUUCCAGCCGAUCCAAGCUCAAGGCACCCGAAGUCUGCAAGAAGCCACAGUUCCUGCCGCGGCAGAGUUGUUUGUGUGGCACGGUGCCCGGAAUUCCCUCAUUGAGCUUCGCAAAUGCUUUCGACUCGAGAAAUCCAAGGCAGACGGUGUGGACCCCGUUGAGAAGAUUUGUACCAUCGUGUUCAACGAGGAUUCGGUGAGGAACAGGAAGAAACGUGUUCGCACGUCCGGUGGGUAUUCAUGCCAGACGACUCUGGUGAUGUACUCAGGGCGACAAUUAGUGCCAGAUCUCGCCACCGAAAAGAAAAGAUCCAUAUACAGCGGGUACAACACUGGAGACGUCUUGGGUUUCGUCGAGUCCACGGCCCCAGCCAUGCAAUGGCAGACCACUCGCAGCCUCAAAGAGAAGAUCUUGGGGCCCAAAGCCUUGAGUCUCACCACAGCGGAGGAACUCGGUAUGAGCAAAGACCAGAAAGCAGAGGUGGCCAUGGAGGGCAGGGUCGAGAGCGUGUUCUCAGCGGACAAACUGCCGAGAUUGUUCUUCCGUGAAUUGAUUCAGAGUUACAACGUGGCAGCCAUCAUGGACCUCACACCGGGCCAAGGAAUCUUGUUGGAGGCAGCCAUCGACCUGAGAGUGCCAGUGGUUGCCUUCGGCAUCACAGAGACGCACUGUGAGAUGUUGGAAGACAGGCUGACAACCUACUGCCUCCAAAAAUUGGUUGACAGCUCCCACACGCUCUACCGACAGGAAGCGGAGCAGUACCUCAAUGGCGACGGAACUUGGAAGGAACCCAAGGAGGAGACGACGGAGGCAUCGAAGAAACCUUCCGAUUCCAAGAAGGCGGCCACCAAAGCCAAGAAGAAAAGGAAACAAGCCAGUGAAGACAGCAACGACGAGGAGGAAAAUGACAAGGAGGAGGAGGAGGAAGAAAAGAAACCGGCGAAGAAACCGACGAAGAAGCGCAAGGCAAAGAAGAACGAAGAGUCGUCUGAUGAGCCGUGGUAG